CGACACGCCUCCCAGAAUAAACCCCAUGUGGUAGGAGUAGGCUACAAAGACGGUCAUUGCAGUGAUUUGACCUGACAUUCUGUGGAUAUACAUGUAUAUAUAGACUUGUGAUACUUCUACAUGUCCCCAACACUUCUGUUUAAUACGAAAGCACGUUUAUUGUGAUUUUGGAUAAAAACAAAUAAUACGACGAUUUUGUUUCAAUUAGGACCACAGUGCAGUGCCUGAUAACAUCACCUAUAACCACAGUGCAGUGUUUGGUUAUCUGCCGUCUGUGAUUGUGUCAGGGACGUCUAGCGACCGUUCCAGCAUUCCAAGCUCGCGGCCCCCAUCAGCAUCGCCACGUAUCGCUUCAAAUAGAUGUAUUUGAAAGUUCACUGGACUUCUUACCAGUGUGCAACACGCGAGACACACCACAAAAACAGGAUCUAUAGAUCCCAAAGCAAGCAUGCGCCAACUGUACCUCUGUCUGUGACAGUCAAUCCCUAACGGACUUGUUCUAAAGGGUUUCCUUUAACACAACAGCCCCAGGAUUCAUUAAAAGGUCUACUCAGCUAUAAGCGUAUUAAGACUUCACUGUCGCGUGGCUGAAACCGCGAGCUACAUUAUAACUAAUCAGGGUAUUUGAAGAAGUACUUCGAAUGCUGCCGGGUUAUAAGGCCUAUUGGUGCUAGGAUUGGCAAGAAUUAGCUCCAUACCAGGGAGUAUUUCUGACGCCGGUAAAGGUCGAUUGAGCUCGGAAUUUCGGUUUGUGAAUACGGUGCCAAUCAGUUCAUCAAUAUGUCCGCGGGCGUCCAUCGUGUAGGUGAGAAUUAAAAAAAGGCUUCGGGGGUUUAGACUUUAUCUACUGAUGUCUCUCUUAGCGUUAUCACAUCUCGACACACUGGGCCGUCACCGCUAAGGCAGACUUUUGGAAAGUGACAAAUCGUUCUAACGAAACGCAUUGGAAACUGUUAUUUACGCAGCACGCUACAGUCUCCACACUACCAACAUUCUAAACACUAAAUACUGUCCGGUCGGGACUACGAGGAAGUCCAUUCCGGGAAUAGACCAUUAAGCUUGUGGAGUAGAAAAGCUUAAGAAGGCUCAGUCUAUGUUGAUAAACAAGCGUGUGUAUUGGACUUGUCAGUCGAAUUUCGAUCUUAACAUUUUUUUUGUCGUCUGCUCUUCUGGGUCAGAGGGAUUGGAAGGCCGGACUACACCCUUAAUUAAAACCCUUGGGAUUUAUAGCACUACUCAACACAUACUCGGUAAAGAAAGCUGAUACAGUGGCCAAAUUAAUGUGUAUUUAACCAGAUGGUUUCGUUUUGACACGGAUCUAAAUCAGCAGGUGUAUACAGGUCGUUAUAUUCAUCUGUAUGAGCCCUUGUGAUGUCACCGUGUUUUAUUGACCUACUACGUGUACACACAGUCUGACCGCGAUCGGCAUUUGAGGUAAAACACAAGUAACAGACACACGUGAAGGAUACAAAAUGGACAUUUUAGUGGUCAUCCUCGGAAUCCUGGCUGCAGUGGACACCGCAAACACACAAGAUCCGUGCUCCAUUUCGGAGGCAGGAUACGAGAGUUUCAUCACUGAUGUUCCAGAAGACACGCCUGUCGGUUCUGUACUGGGAACGCUGAAUGUCUUGGGUGGUCCAGAUACUGUGGAUUUAUCCCAGCAGUCCAACACUUACCUCCUCUUUGAUACAGUCAGCCGCAACAUCACCCUCCAGGUGGCGCUCGACACUGAUCAGGGUACUGGUACCAUCACCCUCCUGGUCAACUGCCGCAUCAUUAACGAAGUGGGCAUGCCUCUUAUACCGCUAACUGUGAGGGUUAUACUGGAGGACGUAAAUGACAACUCGCCAAUAUUUUCUAGCUCCAACUACGUCUUCAAUGUCACAGAGGACACGGCUGUUGGGACGACGAUAUUCAAUGGCGCUAUAGCAACGGACGCUGACCAGAGGGGAGGGGGUAAUGAUCAGAUAUCGUACCGGAUCCUCCCCGGAACAUACUCGGACUAUUUUGAUAUCGAGUACCCCCUAUACCCCGAUAUCAAGCUCAAAAAACCUUUCGACUUCGAGACACUGAAUACUGUUACAGUGGAGAUAGAAGCGAAGGACAACCCUGAGCGUGGAGUGAGUAUGAGCAGCAGCGCCACCUUGACCAUAAACGUCGUUGACGUGGACGACCUCAGCCCUACUUUCACUUUUGAUUUCUACACCGGAAAUGUACAUGUAAACGCAACCAGGGGUACUGUUGUGAAGAUUUACCCUCCAAUCAAAGCUCAGGAUCAGGACCAGCUCAACACUCCAGUUAUUUAUUAUAUGCUUGAUCCGAAAAAUCGCUUCAUUAUAAAUGAAAUAACAGGGGAGAUAACUGUGGAAUCCCAACUGUCAGAGACAACAUACGCAGCUAUACUCGAGGCGGUCCAACGUGACAACCCGUUGCGGUACGGUACUGCUUUGGUUACCAUCGCUGUGUCAGGCUACAACGCAAGUGGACCGGACGGACCAUCGUUUCAACAGAAUUUGUACGAAACUACCAUCUCUGAGAGCCAGCCUUCCGGAACAACCGUCAUGACAGUUCCGGUGACUGUUACCAAUCCGCUCACAACUCUGAGUUACACCAUACUGGAAAGUAUACAAGAAUUUGCUGUAGACCAGAGAGGGAAUAUAUUUCUGGUCACGCCCCUAGAUUAUGACGGCCCCGACAAGGAAUAUCGAUUUACUCUUCAGGUGUCUGAUGGUAUAAAUGUGGCGUCCACGUCUAUCCAUAUCAGGGUAGCGGAUGUAAAUGACAACACACCAGAACUAAGAAAUGACGACUACGUAGUGGAAACGGAAAGAGUGCAGGGCGCAAUAAUAACUGUCAUAGAGGGUUCCGACAGGGAUAUCAACACCCAACUACAGUACCAGCUAAAGACCUUCACUUCGUUUUUCGCCAUCAAUUCCCAAGGAGACAUCAGCAUCACAGCUUCCCCGGAAGAGCUAUUGGAAAAUAGUUAUCGUUUAGUGGUUAGUGUUUCUGACGAUGGCAUCCCUCCAAGGUCAACAGUUGCCUUGGUAACAGUGAAAUUCCCGCCACUAGGUGUUGGCGUUACUCAGCCUCAGGGCGAAAUGGCAGAUGACUUGCUGGCCAUCAUCAUGGGCGCCGUGGCGGCAGUCCUCUUCGUUAUCAUCGUCAUUCUCAUUGUGUACAUUAUACGAAGGAGAGUUUCAUUUACAGACGAACAGUUAACGAAAGCGAGGCUACAUGACGGCCUCGAUCCAAAAGGCCUGACCUAUAAACCCGGCGACCCUUCCCCUGACCCCGUUGAAAUAGAUAUGAAAUUCGACGGUGAUCUUGAGGAAACGUCAGACAUUGAUGGCGCUACAACCAUACAGGACAAUCCUUUAUCAGACGAUAGGAUGAAUUAUGGAUUUUCAAAUCAUUCAAAUGACGGAAGCGGUGAAAUUCAACUGGACACUGCUGUGAUUCCUUAUGGGAACUCAUUUCAUAAUUAUGAGGAUCGACAUACAUUCCAAAAUGGCAUGCUCAAAACAUUCCACGUCCCCGAGGGCAGCAGUAGUGGGGAAAGUAGCAACAGUGAUAGCACAGGUGAUAGUAACCGGGGUCUGAUGAAGAUUCGGCCCCACAAAUCAUCAUCGUUAUCAAAGGGCAAGACACUUUCGUGGGGUGACAGCAACGAUCGGGGAAGCUCGGAGGAAACCCUUCCAAAGGAAUUAAGAAAGUCAAAAGAUAAACCAGAGAUAACAGUUUACUUCUAAUGUAACUGCAUAAAGACUCGUCGGUGCUGUUUAUUGUGCAAUAAAGAAACUGUCCAAUGUUUACUGCGCAUGCGCAUUUUAUGAUGUUGAGGAUGAAUUCUGAAGAAACAUCCGCCCAGUAGAUGAUGUGUUCCACCAGGACUUCGGUUGACCUUGUGAUAUGGUACAUACAAUGUUAAGAUGUUGUGGGUACAGUGUAACCUCAUUACCCCAGCAAAAUCAUUGUAAUGAAUGAACAAAAGUCCGGAAUAACGUAUAGUUCGUGACGUGAUGAACCAAAUUUUAUCACUAUUAAGUAAUAUAGGUUGUGUUCAAAAGUUUAAUUUCAUGGAUGAUUCAUAUCGGGAUUUCCCUGAUUAACUAUUUUACUAUACACUGCUGUGUUGGAUUUUCAGUCAGUGUGAUAGUUAUAGCAACACGUUGGAUUCACUGCUGAUCCCGUAGAGUAUUUUCGUACAACAUUAGUUUUAUACAGAGCAAAUGACAUCAUCAUAAGCAUCAGGUAAUUGAAUGUGUUCUAUGUUACUGCACAUACUGCACAUUUGUGAUUGACAUUUAAGGAAUCCAAAGUUAAAUUUCGUGACGACAUUUUUUCUGAUGUUAAGUUUGCUGCCAAACUUAUAAUAAGUCCCGCGCUGUUUACUUUUGAAAAUGGGUUUCAUCUCUUUUUACUGCACCAAAAAUGCAAAGGUUUUUGUCGCUUUUUGAUACGGUCCUUGUGGACGGUCUCUAGCAUUGUGAUCACAGAUACAUCGAACCAUGUCUGUGAAAGCUAUCUCGGAUUAAAUACCAUUGCGUUGCAUGAUUGCCAUAUCAGUAUAGUUGUCUUUGGCAUUAACAUUUCAGGGAGUAACGCUUAUAGUUUUUGUUGCCAUAGAAGUUUUCACUAACUGUCGGCACAUUUGAUCAAAACAACAAUCCCAAAGUCAAUGUGACUGCUUUUGUUGACGAAAUACGUUACAUUGAGCGUUGCAGUUACCAAUGAUGUAUUACCGGAAGUGACGUUUUCUGUUUAUACCGACGCUGUAUAUGUCGUAGUCUAACCGUUACCAAGGAUCAGCAGCCGGAUGAUACAUAAAACAGUUUUGGCAAUGUUGUGAUAUCAAAUGUUCAAGGUGUGUUCAAAGCGACACUACCGGAAGUGACGCGUAAAACAUCCAACGACAUGUUACAUGUUCCAUGAUAUCGGAUGUAACGUCCAAUAUGAAAAUAAAUGUGUAUGUUAGACAAGAAGUUCAUAGGAUCUAUUUAUAUGGUCUAAUACAUGACUGCCAAACUUAUGAGAAAAAUUUCCGUGCUGGGUGUUUGGUAUGUAGACUUGAGUCAUAUUUACAAGUCGAAGAUUGAUAUAGCUGCCAUAUAGACAUUUUGUACCGCUGAUUGUGUAUAUGUGGUAUACGAUAGAGCUUACUAUGCAAACAUAUAAAUAAUGAUUUACCUUAUGAUCGUCAUGUUUGGUUUGGGUAGUACCGUAAAACUCAUUACAGGAACACUGCUGGUAAAGUCAUCCAUCACGUUACAUUGUAUUUUAUAAAAUCAUGUUUUCAUACACCAUCAGUAAGUAUCAUAUAUACUCUGAAGUCACAUAUACCAUAUCCACUAUGAAUUGAUUGAAAUCCUAAUAUUAGAAAUGCUCAUUUUAGUGAAGUUUCUUUGUAAGUAUAAUGGUCUCGCCUUCCUUCUGACUCUAAGGAAUCGCUUUAUAUAACGACACGCGUAUGCGUGCAAUGGAUAACAGAAGUCAUGCAUGCGUGGCAGAGUUUGGAUCUGUUUUAAAUACCAUACAUACAUGUGAUAUUACAAUUCGAGUAUUUCUUUUAUAGUAGUUAUGAGCAGUUCGUGAUAGACAGGAACGUUAUUUUACGGUUUUACGGUAUCAUAGCAACAUUUAAGCUGGUAGAUAAGUUAAAGACAAAUAAAGGAAAUAUCUGUGCAGUGUACUCCCUCUUUUUUAUUCGAGUAAAUAGCAAUGCAACAAUGAGACAUUUGUCCCUCAAAAAAUGUCUGCAUUCGAGUUCGGACGGUCGUUAGCGAAAACAUGGUGGCAUUUCAGUUCGGAUUAAAGGGGACUUCCGAUAGUCUGGACUGCUGUCCGUGUAAUACAGUUCAGCAGCAUGUUUGACCACUGUUCACCGUCUAUAACUGUUGAUGACUCGACUCAACUACAGUGGUGAAGAUAUUUGGUAACUUGUUGCAGAAAGAUUCAUAAUUGCGGAAUCAAUUUUCUUGCAAAAAGGACAUUGUAACAACCGAAAUAUAACUGUGUCCUUUUAAUUUUGCGGAACAAAUCACGAAUAAGUUGUUGAUGCCGUCGUGAAAAAAGACGUCAGAAAUUUCAUUUAGCAGAUUUUCAGUACAUAACAGUUUCAAAUGUUGCUUAACGGUUUUGUGAGGACAUCACAAAUCGUUGUUUUAACAUUGUUUCCAUACAAUAAUGAAAUCCUAUGAUAUCUAUCUUCAUUUUUGAAUUGUAACCUGUCACACAUUUGAACUGAUGAAACAAUGAGCUCUUUCAAACUGACUCAUAUUAACAUCAUGUGGUUGUGAUCCUACUAAAAUUCAAUUGUGUAUGUACAUAUAAAACGUUACAAAUAACAACGAAAACUUAAUGAUCCCUGUCCCACUGCAUGCAAAACACUAGAUAAUUCGUCUGUUAUUUGUUUGAUUACGCAGACAUCUGUCCUAAUAUCGUUGUAUUUUGAACUGUAGAACGACUAAGCCAGGGUACCGCCUUUGAUCAUGAUCUGAUAGUUCACUACGUAACAACGACAAUAUAAAGAAAUAAUUCGAAUGUUCGUCUUGCCCGUAGCAUUUUUUGCACUUAAAACACUGUUGUUGAUUUAAUGUCUGUUCAAUAUACCUUUUCAUAAAAAGUUCUGCAAGAUAUGGAUUUCUUUCAAAAAAUGAUUUAUCAAAGUAAAAGUCAUGUCGUACAAAUAUUUUUAUUUGUUUACGGUUGUUGGCAGGGGAACAGGGAUCCCUAAUAUAUAAUCAUUUUUACGGCAUCUUAUAUUUUGUCGAUUUUAAUUAUUAUUUAGUUAAUUAGUCAUAGCAGUAUUCUAAUACGGUUAGUGCAAUUUACUUCAGUUCACGAAAUUUCACAUGAUUCAUAGAUGCAUUUUAGGUGAAAUUGUAAGGGAAAUCGAUGGCAAAAAUGUUAUGAUCAUAUAAUCAUUAUAUAUAAUUUUGAAAAUGGCUUAUUUUUACGUUUGUGUGUCUAUUUAUUUUAUAAUAUCAGCGUCUCGCAUUAAAAUAUAUUUAAGCAUGGUUUCGAAAAAAAAUAUCUUAAAAAUAAAUAAGUUUUAGAAUGAAAUCGUUGAAUCACAUCACAAUAAAAUAAACAGAAGGAGAUACCUUAUUUCAAGCCAAAUCGAACCGUACUAAAAUUGUGUAAGAUCAAGCUUUAUAUGGUAGAAAUGUAUGCUUGUUAAGAGUGUAAAAAUUCUAAAUUACACCUGUGUAACUGGUAUCAGGUAUUAUUUAACCGUUGAUAUCAUCACAAAAUAAUUCAUUAUCAAAUCCAGAUAUCAUUAUAGCACAAUAUAUAUAUGAUAUUCGCAGUUUUCUUGAUCACAGUGUAAUUAAUGCAAUGUUAAUUGUACUUGACAUUUUGCCAACCACAUGCUAUUAAUUCAUAUGGUAUGAACCAAUGUCAGUUGCAACAGGUGUUUGAAUGUUGGCAAAUAGAAUGAACGAAAGAAAAGGAGACAAUUGAUGUACAGAACCGUGUGAUGUAUUUAGUUACACAAACCAAAAGAAUGUUCAUUUAGUAUUUUGAAAAUUCGAGAGGAAAGUUUAUACUGACGAGAAAUUAAUUGAUAUAGUUAUUGCCAACGAAUAUCGAAAUGUAAAAAAAUAUCAACUAAUUAUGUUUUGAAAUAGAUUGCGUCAAUAUGUAUUUUCAGCUUAAUAUAUAUUAAACUGAAAAACAAAUUGUUUUUUGAAAUGUCACGCAAUUGAAUUCACUAUUUAAAUCUUUCUAAACAUUUUCUUCAGAUUCGGUAAGUAUGUAAUGGAUAAAGGUUUAUAUACUACAACAGGUGAAGUGUUCAACACUAUGAUAAUUAUCAUUAGUCAAUUCUUCACCGGUUGAGCUAUAUGGACCUUUAUACAUUUUACGAUUUCAAUGCUAAUAUUUUAAUGAAAAUUAAGCAAUAGUGAUUCGUCUGAUGGAUCUUGACACCUGCACAUUUAAUUCAUUAAUAUCAAUAGUAUACGCCGGAUUAAACAUUGCGUACAUUGGUCGUGUUAAGGACACUUUAAUAUCAAGUAAAGUUUGAAUAUGUUUACACCUUCACAAAGAGCCUACUUUAGAAUGGUCUACCAGUUUUAAAAAAUAUGAUUUUAUAUUAUAUGUUUCCAGUGUUUAAUCUUAUGUAACCCAAAAUGCACUCAUAUUAUUAUCCUCACCAAAUUGUUAACAUUAUCGUAAUCAUCAAUUGUUAACGUCAUCAUCAUCGUUUUGGGUAUUUUCAUUUCACGUCAUCGAAACAUUCCUUAUGUGAUUCCAUAAUAUGAAGUUGCAGAUCAAGUUUAGAUUUUAUAUAAAUCUUUCUUUUUUAAUAAACAGAUUUUA